CUGGUCUGGGUGUCGGGGAAAUAGGCUUCCCUGUGCCCUGGCUCCUUCCAGUGCUUCUAGUUUGCGGAUGUAUGGGAAGGAUUCCAGGGCUUCCCCUUUCUUGGGCUCACAGCGAAAGUGAGGGAGCUGUUUUACUAGCUGACUCUGAUGCUUGGAAGUUGAGUCCUCAAACUGCAAAGAUGGUAAUAAACAUCUGCCUCCCACAGUUCAAGCCAAGAAUUCACUGCAACAAGAUUUCUGCUGAUGGUUAUGAAGUUGAAAACCUCAUCUCUGAAGACCUUGCAAAGAGAAACCGGGGCUUUCGCAGUGAAUAUUUCAUCAAGCCCCCAGUCCAUGUUACUCUCUCCUUUCCCUUCAACAUAGAAAUCUGCAGGAUUAACAUAGACAUCUCAUCGGGCGGGUAUCAGAAUUUCACGGGGCUGGACAUUUACACGUCUACCUCAUUGAACAAAAGCUCUUGGAACAGCCCCGAGUCUCAGUUCUCAGGUCUGGCUGGUCAGCCUGUGUCGGACAAAGACGUUUUCACACUAGUGGGUAAAGCCAUUCUAAAAAAUCAAAGCAAAGUGACGUUCAGCCAUAGGGGCUUCAAGCCAAGGCCUCCUUUCCAUCAGAUGGAAGCUGUCUUCUACCCUGGUUCUGCAUCUCAAGACCUAUGGAAUAAAGGCCCUGCCUCACUGAGCAAUGUAUCGCACUUAAAAAUUUGCAUCUCCCACGUAGCGGGAGGUGGCCUCCCUUGCAUUAAAAGACUGGAGGUUUGGGGACAGCCAGCUAAGUCGUGCCCGCAGGAAGUGAUGGACAGCGUGUUCCAAGUGGCCUCUGCGUGCCUGGCUCAGGGCUUGGGCAUCCAGAGUGCCGGUUUCAUGUUCCCAAUGGAAAGCGAGUGUGUGCCCUUAAGCAACUCUGACUGCGAACAGCAGAGUCUCCAGAAGCUAGUCGAUGUUGUUCAGGAUAUCCCUGAAGAGUUCUUGGACCCCAUCACUCUGGAGAUAAUGCCCUUCCCAAUGCUGCUGCCAUCUGGCAAGGUGAUUGACCAGAGCACUCUGGAGAAAUGCAACCGGAGUGAGGCUUCCUGGGGUCGGGUGCCCAGCGAUCCUUUCACUGGGGUUGCCUUUAGCCAACACUCCCAGCCCCUCCCUCACCCCUCUCUAAAGGCAAGGAUAGACCACUUCCUAUUACAGCACAGCAUCCCGGGCACCAACCUCCUCGGGAGGGCUCAGGUCUUAGGGAUGGUCACACCUUCUUCCCUAACCAUAUCUUCUCUGAAAAGGAAAAUGGACUGUAUGGAGCAAAGCCCUGAUGACAGCAACCACGUAGAACCCUCUUAUUUUUCUACCACAAACUUACUAGCCAUGUCUACCUCCGAGAGCGGUGCUAAAAAAAUGAAAACGGAGAGUGACUCGCCUUUGGCCCAAAUGGACUGCUCGACAGGUCCAGUCUCUCAUGAACAGAAGCUGUCCGAAAGCUUGGACAUUGCCUUGACCUCUGCACUCAGCUCUAGGCCAUCAUUUACAGCUAGGUUGGUAAAAGGCCAGCAGCAGCCGCAUAGCGAGGGGGGCUGCAGCAGUUCGUGGAAUGCAAAUGCCCCAGCUGAGCACAGUAGCCGGCCGGUUCAAGGAUGCGCUUCCUGUAAUAGAACAUUUUCUUCUUAUUUCAAAAUGGAGCCUGUUUACCAGCUUCCCUGCGGCCACCUCCUGUGUCGUCCUUGCUUAGCUGAAAAGCAGAAGUCCUUAACGAUACUGUGCAUGAAUUGUAAAAGAGCUUAACAGAACCCAGCCACCUCCAACUCAAGCCAAGCCACAGCUCAGGCAGCCCACUCCCAUACCCAAAAGGUAUACACGAAGCCAUCCUGGAAAACGACUUGAUGUCACCUCUGGAACUCCUACAUGUUGCAGAGACCAUCUCCAUGCUGGGCCAAAUUUAUGGACAAUAGCUGCACUGACCGUUGUGCAAUGGCACUUGGGAAUAAAUUUGCUCAUUUGGAUCUUGGUUCCUAUUCUGCUGCUUGCUCACAUACUCCAGGAUUUCCCCCUAGGAGCGCAUGAAUCUGCAGCACCUGCCACCCUGGGGCCAUCCAUCUGGUACUCAGUAGCCCACUAAUCCUCAACUUUCUGAAGGGACAAGAACAGGCCUACCUGAGUGUUCUUCUUCAGUCCUGUGUGCGUAUUCCAGGGGCAGGCCUAUUUCACCAGUACUAGUGAGCGUCUUUUUUCCAUUUUCCUUCUGGGGAUGGGGAAUAUCCUGUUGUAAAUAACUCCCUGCUCUGUGCCAUUAGUAAGGUUUGGCACCAGCCGCACCUUCGAGGCUUUACAUUGGCUCAGAGCAAGAGAACGGGAUCUCUUUCAGAGACUGUCACGCCUGCUCCUUACUUUGCCAAAGGGGAGAUGCUGUUCAGCAGCUUAAGGUGUUUUCCAUCUCUUCACACAAAUAGCGCAAGCAGCUGGGGUCUGGGAACAGUCUGGCUUCUCUCUGCAGCCAAUCAGCUGGGGCCAUGACCCCGUGAACUCUACCUGCCCAAUAUCUGCCACCCACUGUGCUAUCUAGGUGCUAUGCUCAGGAGAUCCAGUUCUCAGAUGAGAGACCUUCAAGUAACCUUUAGGUGCUGCAAGAAGUGAUAUCUGUGUUAUAGGUGGUGGUGGUUUCCCUUGCAAGUCAGCUCAGAACCAGUUUCCCAGCAAAGCACUGGGCAAGUGGAAUGGGGUCUUUUCGAGGAGACCGAAAACCAAGGUCCUGAACAUUUGUGGUGUAAACAACCCAUGGACCUUUUUCUAACAUAAGGGAGCUAAGUGACUUGCCUAAAGUCUCACUGAAUUAUUGGCAGAUCUGGGAAAGGAAGCCAGAAGUCUGGAUCCCCAGCUAUGCUGUCCAGGCGCUGCCCACUAAAUGAUGCUUCCUUUCUUAACAAUUCUUAAAUGGGGCUUGGCUCAGAAUGACGUGGUGAGGUGCCGCAUUCACUGCAUCUCAGCAAUUUCCGAUUAACGAUGCUCAGUUAAUAAAUAAGAAGAACUUUUCCUCCCAGUUGGCAGCUCAGAGAACUCAACCUGGGAGUUGAGUCAAGCUGGGUUCUUUCCCCAUCCCAGAUCAUCACUAGUGAUAAUUUCUGCAGGCUCAAUGAUGCUCUUAGAUACUUGUGCAAGUCCAUUGUCUUCAAAUCCUGUCCCUCCAGCACUGUCUUCUUAAAUAGCUUUGCAAGGAGGUAAGUGUGUUAGGAGCAGGAUAAAGCAUCCUAGGCCCAAGGAGGAGGUGCAGAAUCCAGCUCCCUCGUCCUUAGCUGUGUUGGCUCUGUGGGGCUCAACUCACUUUUGGCACUGAAGUCGGAAGAUCAGCCAGAACGCAGCCGAGGGGAAGGGCUGAAUAGAAGGCGCUGGUUUUAUGCACACCUCAGUGCAGAGCCUCACUCUACGACAGGGGUGGCCAGCCUGAGAUGGAGCCAGAAUUUGCCAAUGUACAUUGCCAAACAGCCACAGUAAUACGUCAGCAGCCCCCCAUCAGCUCCCACCCACUGGCAGCCCCGCCGAUCAGUGCCUUCCCCUCCCUCCCUCCCUCCCUCCCUGCACCUCC